AUGACGCACGUCGAGUUCGCAACUGCUGUUGAGCCCCUACGUGCUGUGACUGAUCGACUUUGGUUUCAUUUCGAGGGCCGUGCACCAAAUGUCACAUUAGAAUGUAUUCGUUACAUCCGGGAGCAUUUUCCAGAGGCUGAAAUCAGCGUUGAGGUGGAAAAGCCAGGCCGAGCAGGCUUGCAGGAACUUGCAGACGCGGCUGACGUUGUUUUCUACUCGAAGGGAUGGGCCCAGAACAAUGGAUAUACAUCCGCUGAGGAUUGCUUGCGGAAUCAAUCUUUAAAGACGAGUCGAGCGUCCUUGCUAUGCUGUACUUGGGGUCAUGACGGGGCUGCAGCACUUGAACCAAGGACUGGAAACUUUGCUCAUGUCCCUGCGCAUACUGAAGGACUAGGGGUCACCGACACCAUCGGAGCCGGAGAUACAUUCAAUGCUGGCUUGCUAUACGGUCUCAUCUAUCGGGGUCGGGAUUGGGAUUUUCGAAAGAGAUUGGAAUUUGCAAAUCUUAUUGCCGGCUUAAAGGUUACCCAGGAGGGAUUUGCAAAUAUACAAAGAGCAUUGGACUCUCCAUCAUAUUAA